CUCAAGUGCGGCGUUUGAUUGUAAGGUCUAAUAGAGCCGGCGGCUGUAUCUAAGCUGUUUUCAUCUCCCUUUCCCAUAUAUCAGAGCAGAAGUAAUUGCUUUGCCUUUUUUAUGCCCCCUCCCAUAAUGAGAGAAAUCGUGAUCAGGUACGUGUCUCUGCCAGAACUGCUUGUUGCCUGGGAAUGGCUGCCGCUGUGUAACGCUGUGUAACGCUGUCUGACGCUGCUGCUGCGGCUCUUCUGCCGAGGAAACACGCGGGACGCGGAGGGGAGUCAGUGCCAGAGGGAGGCUACUACUCGCCAGGCACCUCAUCGCCGGCAUCACGUACUGGGGCAGAUGUCUAUCCCCAGACUGAUGAUGAAGCUGACAGUCCCCUGCCUGUGUCUCAGCGAUCGAGUGAAGAAGGUCGCGCUCAACUAGUGACACGUCCCCCCUAUGAUCGGCUGAAGGAAUAACCCUGGAACUUUCAUUCUGGAUCUGCGCGUUUUUUUUUGUUUUUUUUUUGUUUGAGAAAAACAGUUUGAUGUGUUCCUGUAGCAAACGGUGUGUGCUGUGAUGCUGGCAGCUCCGCGCAUGCGCAACUCUAUUUGGAAUUAGGGGGGUCUUUGCUUUGAGACUUUUACUCGCAUUCCUGGAAGCCGCCGCCGCCGCCGCUCAUUAAACAACGUUUCUCAUUCACACUUGGACCAUGUGGACUCUCCGGGGCAGAGGCUAUUUCGGCGUCGUGUGGUUCCCUAUGAUGAUUGCCAUGGUGUGUUGCGCUCACAGCGUUAACGAGCCCAGCAACAUGUCAUAUGUGAAGGAAACAGUGGACAGAUUGCUCAAAGGAUAUGACAUUCGCUUGAGGCCAGACUUCGGAGGCCCUUCAGUGGAGGUUGGGAUGCGAAUAGACGUUGCCAGCAUAGAUAUGGUCUCAGAAGUCAACAUGGAUUACACACUAACAAUGUACUUCCAGCAAUCAUGGAGAGACAAAAGACUAUCAUACUCUGGGAUUCCUCUAAAUCUAACCUUGGACAACAGGGUCGCUGAUCAGCUGUGGGUGCCAGAUACAUACUUCCUAAACGAUAAAAGGUCUUUUGUUCAUGGCGUCACAGUGAAAAACAGAAUGAUUCGACUUCAUCCUGAUGGAACUGUUCUUUAUGGCCUUAGGAUAACAACGACAGCUGCUUGUAUGAUGGAUCUGAGACGAUAUCCUUUGGAUGAACAAAACUGCACACUUGAAAUUGAAAGUUAUGGCUAUACGACAGAUGACAUUCAGUUUUAUUGGAAUGGAGGGGGCAAAGCCAUCACAGGAGUUGAAAAGAUUGAACUGCCUCAGUUUUCCAUUGUCGACUAUAAAAUGGUUUCAAGGAACGUCAUUUUCUCCACUGGUGCCUAUCCUCGACUGUCACUUAGUUUUCGCCUGAAAAGAAAUAUUGGAUACUUCAUUUUACAAACCUAUAUGCCUUCGACACUGAUUACGAUUCUGUCAUGGGUAUCCUUCUGGAUCAAUUAUGACGCAUCAGCUGCAAGAGUUGCUUUAGGGAUUACAACUGUACUUACAAUGACAACGAUCAGCACUCAUCUCAGAGAGACGCUACCCAAAAUUCCCUAUGUAAAGGCCAUAGAUAUCUAUCUGAUGGGAUGUUUCGUAUUUGUGUUCCUAGCUUUGCUUGAAUAUGCCUUUGUCAACUAUAUAUUCUUUGGAAAAGGUCCUCAGCUCCAGAAGAAAGCAGCGGAAAAGGCAGAGAAAGCAAAUAAUGAAAAGACAAAGGUGGAAAUGAACAAAGUUCAGGUCGACGCUCACGGAAACAUUCUCCUUACAACCCUUGAACUCAGAAAUGAAGUCAGCGGCUCCGAAGUGUUGACAAGUAUCAGCGACCCAAGGGCCACCAUGUACUCGUACGACAGCGCAAGCAUCCAGUACCGCAGACCAGUGGCCAACAGAGAUUUGUACAGCAGAAGCACUUUAGAUAGGCACGUUGUUCACAAAAAGGGGCGCUUGAGGAGAAGGGCAUCUCAGAUUAAAAUUAAGAUUCCUGAUUUGACUGAUGUGAAUGGCAUAGACAGAUGGUCCAGGAUGAUAUUCCCUGUUGCUUUUACCUUUUUUAAUGUUGUCUAUUGGCUUUACUAUAUACACUAAAUGAUGCAGUUGGCACCUUUCUGACAAACUUAGGUCUAUUUUUCUGAUGCUGAAGGGACUGCAUUAGCAAUAAUGCUGCAAGGUAAGGUAUUCAGCCAUCAAACUGAUUUCAGUGUUCUGCACACAGCAUUUUCUGAGAUCACCGUCUUUAGAAAGAUAAAGCUUUGCUCUGUUUUCAGAUUUAACGUUUUUGACCUCUUGAGCGACGGAGGGGAUCCAUGGGGGUUCCGUCUGGGGCUCGAGAGAGUCAAAAGCAACGAUUAUUCCAAUACAUUAAGGUAAGGAAAAGCUUUAUAACUGUGUCGGCAUUGUAUGUCUCUCUUAACCCCUUCUCUGCCAGAGUGGCCAGCAAUACAGUGCAUAGAAGUGGUUACACUGAACUCACAUAUCACGGGGGAGGGGAUAUUUGUUGUUUUUGAUGUAUAAUGAACACAUUGCUAAUACGAUUUACUUAGGAAGAAAAGUUUACAAUCCACAGUAACACGUUUUUCUAUGAACUAACACCAAAUACACCAACAGAUGUAUGGGUCUGAUUGAUUGUGAUUGGCCGAUUGUCGCCAUAAUAGUCUGAAAGAGCUGUGUGACGAACAUGCAACAUGGAAGGGAAUUUGUUAGGAUUUAUUGGGAAUGAAAAGGUAUAUUCAUGCACACAAACUAGUGACUUCAGCACCUUCCCAGCCAUUGUCUUACAGUCUGAUUAAGUCUACUGCUGGGGUCUACAGUUUGGCAGAAGGUAGAAACAUACUGAUACCUACCUGUCAAAGAGCAGCCGUUCCUUGUUAGUACAGUCUGCACAUGGAAACAUCUGUAAAGCUCAAAAUAUAUUGGCUUCAUCCAUGGCCUGCAGAUUGCUAUAAAUGCUAUAGAUUUCCACCAAUCAGCUCAAUUAUAGCUUUCAAAACUUGGUAGAUACAGUGACAACAUGACCACAAUGGGGUAUGGCAGAAGACUAGAGAGGAGGUGGGGGAUGACUGCAAGUAUUACCGACCCUUAUAAACAACCAGUAUUAUGAUCUAUGGUAUAGCUAGUAGAGUAAAAAUAUGGGGCACUAGGUAACUAGCAGUGUGUGUUUUCAAAAACCUGAACAUCAUUGGAUUCUUCUAUUUCUGGGAGUUGUUUUUGGUUCAGUUACAAAUCUAAACCCAGUUUUAUUAACCACUUUCUCCCUUUGUCUCAUAUUUACUUGUAUACAAGACACAGUGUAAGAGGAUCAAUCUAUAUUAAACUUAAUAAAAAAAAACCACCACAUUAACAUAAAGAAAAAACUAAAUUUAAGACGAAACAAUAACUAAACUAAAAAAAACAACUUAUCAGAACAAUGGGCAGGAAACACUGAACGUAACCAAAAUGGUGUUCCUAUGCAAGAGACUCCUUGUGCUGCACCUUUGUAUAUGAUGGCCAUAUACAUUCAUUAAAGGACACCGAUAAAAAUUAAAAUGUACUCGAUUGACCUUCGAAAAAUGAAUAGUAUCUGAUUUAAGAAAAAAAGUUGAAUAUCUUAAAACUUCUUCAAAAAAACCUGAAUGUCAGGAAGGCUAUAAACAACUUCAAACGGAUCAAUGGACC